AUGGGUUGCACAAAUGGGCUUUUGAGUGCGAAAGAAAAGAAGCCUCUUGUUUCCUUUGGGGUGAUAUCUGAUGUCCAGUAUGCUGAUAUUCCCGAUGGCCACUCAUACCUUGGUGUUCCUCGCUAUUAUCGGCAUAGCCAGCUAGUACUGCAAAGGGCGGUCCAGAAAUGGAAUGAGCAAAAGCUGAAAUUUGUGAUUAAUUUGGGAGACAUUGUUGAUGGAUUCUGCCCGAAAGAUCAAUCUCUAACUGCUAUUAAGAAAAUUGUCAACGAAUUUAAUAUUUUCAACGGCCCAGUAUAUCACACGAUCGGCAAUCACUGCCUCUAUAAUCUCCCUCGUGAUAAGUUGCUUCCGGUGCUGAACAUUCUCGGUCACGAGGGUCUUGCAUUCUACGAUUUUUCUCCUGUCCCAGAAUAUCGGAUCGUUGUCCUUGAUGGCUAUGAUAUCAGUGCUAUUGGUUGGCCCAAGGAUCAUCCAAACACGUUGAAAGCUUUGAACAUUCUCCAGGAAAGGAAUCCAAAUACUGAUAAGAAUAAUCCAAAUGGACUUGUGGGGCUCGAGAGACGGUUUGUUAUGUUCAAUGGAGCAGUAGGAAAAGAACAGAUGGAAUGGUUAGAUUGUGUACUUCAGAAUGCAACAAAGUUGAAACAGAAAGUGGUGAUAUGCUGCCAUAUGCCAUUAGAUCUUAGUGCAUCAUGCAAUGAAGCACUAUUGUGGAAUUACGAUGAAGUGAUAGACGUGAUACACAGAUACAACUGCGUUAAGGUCUGUCUAGCCGGACACGCUCAUGAAGGUGGACAUUCAGUUGACUCCCAUGGUGUACACCACUGGGUUCUUGAAGCAGCCUUAGAAUGCCCUUCUGGCAGUAAUUCUUUUGGACGCUUAGAUCUUUUUGAUGAUAGGCUGUUACUCAUUGGUGCAGAUAGAAUGAAGAGCCGGGAAAUGGUUUUCAGUUGUUAG